UAGGAUUGAUACCUAAUACUAGUUAUACUAUUGGAGUGAGAGCAUAUACUAGUAUUGGACCAGGAGAAUGGACUGAUAAAAUUGUAUCAACUAGUGAUAUAGAUCUAGCAAAAAUUAGUAAUUUCACUGUCAUACAUCUCAACUCUACUACUGUACAAAUGAAUUGGCUACCCAUUCCAGGGGCCAGUUACUACACUGUCUAUUACAGCAGUGGGUUUGAUGAUGACUCAAUGAAUGUUAGCAAUGAAUCAAAUGAAGUUAUUAUACCAGAGUUGUACUCAUGCCUCAGUUACUCAUUUGAGAUCUCAAUGACUAUAGAAAUAAAUGGAAUUGAUUACGAAGGACCUAGAACUGCACCAACAGUUACAGAGCUACCAACAGUGGAAUUGUCUUCCUAUUCUUACACAGAAGCAAUAAGCACUUCAUCUCCUACCUCUGCUUCAAGUGAUGAAUGCAUAAACACAUCAACUUUAUACAUAUCUCUACCACUACUGGGUAUCUCUUUAUUUGUCAACAUGAUAUUUGUAUGUGUGGUAAUUGGGAUAUGCUGUAAGAAGAAGAUAGUUUAUAGUGUCAAAUCCAUCAAGUUAAAGAAUAAUGUAGAACAUGACUAUGAUGUCUUUGAGCCCCCAGUAGUUCAAAAUCCACAAGAUGCUAUAUAUGAAUCACCUUUGGACUUGUCAUCACUUGAACCUCCACAGAACAACUACACUGUAUAGAAGUAGAACAAGAAAAUCAAUAAAAACAAUUAUUAUUUAAAUUAGCCUCAUCUCCACAAACAGGCAUAUACAAUUUUUGCAAGUAGUUAGUGUCAAUUAAAGAUUGUGUACAUCAACUUAACAUUUGGUGUGUGUGUGUGUGUGUGUCAUCAUGCAUGUACAUGUGGAUGUCUAAUUUCAUUAUUGAGUGUAUGUACAUGUGUGUUCAUUUUUAAAAUCUUUGUUUACAUCAGAGCCUUUUGCUCUUUUGGGAAGUACUUUUGUAUCAUAACACA